AUGAGCCGCGGGCCCCAGCGAAGCGGCUUCAGCUCUGCGCGCCCGCCGCCUCCGCCGCCAAAGCAGGCUUAUGCUUCUGGAUGUGAUAUUGUAAUACUGGGAAGUAACUUUGAAAGGUUGCAGAUAAUCCCCGGAGCUAAGCAUGGGAACAUUCAAGUGGGAUGUGUUGAUUGUUCAAUGGAGCAAGGGAAGAUUGCAGCAUCAUAUGGAAACAUUAUUUGUGUUUUUGAACCAGUUAACCUACUAAAGCAAAAGAACACUCCUAAUGUGGAAUUAUAUAAUCAAUGGCAGAAAAGUGGCCAAUUUUUUCUGGAGUCCAUAGCACACAAUAUUACUUGGGACCCUACAGGCAGUCGUCUCUUAACUGGUUCUAACUGUUUGCAACUUUGGUCUAAUAAUAACGUGGAGAAGCAAUCUGAAGAUGAAAAUCCUGAAAAAGCAGAUCUUAAUUUUGGGGAUUGGCGAUGUAUUUGGCACUGUAGAACUGCUUCCCAAGUUCAUUUAAUGAAGUUUUCACCUGAUGGAGAAUUUUUUGCUACUGCAGGAAAGAAUGACUGCCUUUUGAAAGUGUGGUAUAGUACAGACAACUGGCGAUCAACAGUUAUCUCUCAAGAUAGAGGUCCAGAAAAGCAAACACAAGGAGGAGAGGUUGACUUUUCAUUUGUUUACCUGGCACAUCCUAGAGCUGUAAAUGGAUUUUCCUGGCGGAAGACCAGCAAAUAUAUGCCUAGGGCUUCUGUUUGUAAUGUAUUAUUGACUUGCUGCAAAGAUAAUGUGUGCCGGCUAUGGGUAGAGACUUUUUUACCAAAUGAUAGUCUCUUAUAUGAAGGAAACUAUAACCACUGGGCUGACCCAAAUUUAACAAAUAACUUCAAGAGGAAUCCUUCCAGUAAGGAACGAGUUCAAAAUGCUUUGGAAGUAAACCUGAGGCAUUUUCGUAAAGGAAGAAGGAGAUCACUUGCACUUGUAGCACAUACUGGCUACCUACCACAUCAGCAGAAUCCUCAUCAGGUCCAUAGGAAUACUCCUCUGCAAGGCAAUGCACUUUGCCACUUUCAUAUUGCUGCCAGCAUCAACCCAGCCACAGACAUUCCUUUACUUCCUUCUAUUACAUCUCUCAGUCUUGGUGAAAAUGAAGAAAAGAGUGGGCCUUUUGUUGUACACUGGCUCAACAAUAAAGAAUUGCAUUUUACUUUAUCCAUGGAAGUCUUUUUACAGCAGCUUCGAAAGAGUUUUGAACAACCACCUUCAGAUGUCAGUGUGGAAGAAUCUAAUCAGAUGGAUGGAAAAUCUGAUGAAGAAACAGAUGAUGGUGGUGAUGAUCUGAAAGUAAUUCCUGAAAAGAGGGAGUUGAGUAGUGAGAAAAAUAUACUCAGUUCAGGCUGUGUCCCCUUACCAUCUGCUAUUAUUGAUCAUCAGAUUGAAGUGCUUCUGUCUGAAUGGAGUAAAAAUGCUGACAUGCUUUUCAGUAUUCAUCCCGUGGAUGGUUCUUUGCUGGUUUGGCAUGUGGAUUGGCUGGAUGAAUACCAGCCUGGUAUGUUUCGCCAGGUGCAGGUAUCAUUUGUUUCCAGAAUUCCAGUAGCUUUCCCUACGGGUGAUGCAAAUUCUCUGUGCAGAAGCAUAGUGAUGUAUGCUUGUACUAAGAACGUUGACCUAGCUAUUCAGCAAGGCAAACAAAAACCCUCUGGCCUCACACGUUCUACAUCGAUGCUCAUCUCUUCUGGUCACAGUAAAUCAACUAAUAGUUUAAAAUUAAGUAUCUUUACUCCUAAUGUAAUGAUGAUUUCAAAGCAUGCAGAUGGAUCUUUGAACCAGUGGUUAGUCAGCUUUGCAGAGGAAUCUGCUUUUUCUACAGUGCUCAGUAUUUCCCAUAAAUCUAGAUAUUGUGGUCAUCGCUUUCACCUUAAUGACUUAGCUUGCCAUUCAGUAUUACCAUUGCUACUAACAACAUCCCAUCAUAAUGCAUUACGGACACCAGACACUGACAAUCUGAAACAAUCUUAUGAUGCUUUAAACUCUGAGGAAACUUUAUUAGGAGAACAUAGUAGAAGUUCUGUAGAUAGAACAUUCCAGGAUCCAAACGCAGUUUAUAGUGAACUUAUUCUUUGGAGGGUUGAUCCAGUUGGGCCAUUGUCUUUUUCUGGAGGUGUUUCAGAACUUGCAAGGAUUAAUUCUCUUCAUGUUUCGGCCUUUUCCAAUGUGGCAUGGCUACCUACCCUCAUACCUAGUUACUGUCUAGGUGCUUAUUGCAACUCUCCUAGUGCUUGCUUUGUGGCAAGUGAUGGACAAUAUUUGAGAUUAUACGAAGCCGUCACUGAUGCCAAAAAACUUUUAUAUGAGUUAUCCAACCCUGAAAUUUCUAAAUAUGUUGGCGAGGUGUUUAACAUUGUGAGUCAACAAUCAACAGCAAGACCAGGAUGCAUUAUUGAAUUAGAUCCCAUUACUGAACUUCGUGGCAGAAAAACACAGCUACUUCAUGUUUUUCAAGAAGACUUCAUUUUGAACAGCCUGGAGAAGAAAAGUCUGGGAAAGGGCAGCAUUUUAUCUGAUUCUGGUAACCAAUCUAAUGGGUUUUCUGAAAAAUUCUACUUAGUUGUAAUAGAGUUUACUCAAGACAACUGCUCAUUACUUCAUAUGUGGAAUUUGCACUUAAAAUCCAUUCCUGUCUCAAUUGAUGAGAAAAUAGAUGCAAGUGUGUCUGGGGCAGUGUUGCAACAAGAAGAGUUAUAUUCUUCUUCUCCAGAAAGGAUUCAAUCUCCUUUUUCAAAGAAAUUUCAAGCUUGCAGAGCAAAUCUUCAAAGUACUAGUAAAUUGACUCUUUCUUCGAAAAUGGUAUAUAGCCAAGAACUGAAUUUACCAGAAGGCGUUGAGAUAAUCAGUGUUAAGCCAUCAGCAGGACAUCUAAGUUCCUCUUCCAUAUAUCCAGUAUGUAGUGCACCCUAUUUAUUGGCAACUUCGUGUUCAGAUGAAAAAGUGAGAUUCUGGAGGUGCAGAGUAACCACUGUAGAGACUGCCACAUCGGAGAAUACUGCAGAAAGUGAUCUUGAGUACAUUUGGGAAGAAUGGCCUUUACUCAUUGAGGAUGGCCUUCCAAGUAGCAGUGUUGUAACCAUUCCUGGCAGACCAAUAGAAGUUAGUUGUGCUCACACAAAUCGUUUAGCUGUGGCCUAUAAGCAACCUGCAUCUAAUGGUAGAUCUUCUCAAGAUUUUAUGAUGCAUGUAAGUAUUUUUGAAUGUGAGUCUACAGGAGGUUCAUUUUGGAUCCUUGAACAGACAAUUCAUUUAGAAGAAUUAAGUGCAAUGUUGGAUUCUGGUAUUAGUAUCGAUAGCAAUUUAGUGGCCUACGAUAAGCAAGAUGUUUAUUUAUCUAAUAAAGAAAAUAUCAUGCCAUCCACCAAGCACUUAGUUCACUUAGACUGGAUGUCUAGAGAAGAUGGUUCUCAUAUACUUACUGUAGGAAUUGGAUCAAAGCUCUUUAUGUAUGGACAACUGGCUGGCAGAGUUCAGGAACAAACUGGUAAAGAAGGCUUGGCAUUUCCACUGUGGGAGAAUACUAAAGUUUUGUCUCAGUCUAGGUUUGUUUUACUUCGGUGUGUCGAUUUGGUUUCUUCAGUAGAAGGAUCACCACCUUUUCCUGUUUCUUUAUCUUGGGUACGUGAUGGCAUCCUUGUGGUAGGAAUGGACUGUGAAAUGCAUGUUUAUUCCCAGUGGCAACCGCCUUCCAAACAAGAGCUGGUGAUCACAGAUUCAUAUGAUGGAAGCACUCCUUCUAUCAUAAGUUUAACAAAACCAGGUAAUUCAGCAGGGUCUGGUUUACACCCACCAAAGAAAACAUUAACUAGAUCCAUGACCAGUCUUGCACAGAAAAUUUGUGGAAAGAAAACUGCAUUUGAUCUUGAUAUGGACAUGGAAGAUUCAGGUCUUUUUGAAGCAGCUCAUGCACUCUCACCAACUUUACCUCAGUAUCAUCCUUUGCAGCUUAUAGAACUCAUGGAUCUUGGUAAAGUGCGUAGGGCUAAGGCCAUUUUAUCCCAUCUUGUUAAAUGCAUUGCAGGAGAAGUUGUGGCUUUGAAUGAAACUGUUUCCAAUCCUGAACGUCGAUUCAGAUCUCUUACCAUUAGUGCAAGCGGGAGUACCACAAGAGACCCUGCAGCAUUCAAUAAAACUGAAAAUACAGACUAUACAGAAAUCGAUUCAGUACCCCCCCUCCCUUUAUAUGCCUUACUUGCUGCAGAUGAUGAUAGCCCUUAUUCUUCAGAAAAAUCUAGUAAUUGUAAUUAUUUAAACAAAAUAAGCCAGUUACAUGAUGAAAGUUACAAUGAGCUUUUUCAGAUAUCGGCACUAACUACUGAUGAAAUUCAUGUGUUUGAGGCAGAAGAAGAAAAUACAAAGCCCAAGGUUAUUGAUCUUUCUCAAUACAGUCCAACUUACUUUGGUCCUGAACAUGCCCAAGUUCUUUCAGGCCAUUUACUUCAUUCUAGCUUGCCAGGUCUUAACCGGAUGGAACAGAUGUCCUUGAUGGCUUUAGCAGAUACUAUCGCAACUACAAGUACGGAUAUUGGUGAAAGCAGAGACAGAAGCCAAGGUGGAGAAACUCUUGAUGAAUGUGGCUUAAAAUUUCUUUUGGCUGUUCGACUUCAUACUUUUCUUACAACUUCCCUUCCACCUGUCUAUCGAGCUCAACUCCUUCACCAAGGUCUCUCUACUAGUCAUUUUGCCUGGGCAUUUCAUUCUGUAGCAGAAGAAGAGCUAUUGAAUAUGCUGCCUGCUAUGCAGAAAGAUGAUCCCACCUGGUCAGAACUAAGAGCUAUGGGAGUAGGGUGGUGGGUUCGAAAUACUCGAGUCUUACGCAAGUGCAUAGAAAAGGUAGCCAAAGCAGCUUUUUAUAGAAAGAAUGAUCCAUUAGAUGCUGCCAUUUUUUACCUUGCAAUGAAGAAGAAGGCUGUGAUUUGGGGGUUAUACAGAUCUCAAAAAGAUACCAAGAUGACACAGUUUUUUGGACAUAAUUUUGCAGAUGACAGAUGGCGUAAGGCAGCAUUAAAGAAUGCUUUUUCUUUGCUAGGCAAACAAAGAUUUGAACAUUCUGCAGCAUUUUUUCUUCUGGCUGGUUGCCUGAAAGAUGCAGUUGAGGUUUGUCUGGAAAAAUUGAAUGAUGUUCAGUUGGCUUUAGUAAUAGCAAGACUUUAUGAAUCUGAAUUUGACACAUCUGCAACAUACAAAUCUAUACUGCAUAAAAAAGUUUUGGGAAUCGAUUCUUCAGUCAGAGAGCACAGUUCAAUGAAUAUGAAUACACAUGAUGAUCCUUUCCUUCGGAGUAUGACAUAUUGGAUCUUGGAAGACUAUAGUAAGGCUCUAGAUACAUUAAUAAAGCAACCUAUAAAAGAGGAAGAAGAUCAAGCCAUUGCAUCUUCUACCUGUAACCCUGCAGUAUUUAAUUUCUACAAUUACCUCAGGACACAUCCACUUUUGUUGAGACGCCAUUUUGGUUCUUCUGAUGCAUCUUCUACACAAAUAUGUUUAACAGGAGAAAAUGGAUUAGCAGGAAAAAUUAAUUUAAGUGAAAGAAGAUUGUUUUUCACCACUGCACAUGCUCACUUAAAAGCUGGUUGUCCUAUGUUAGCUUUAGAGGUAUUAUCAAAAAUGCCCAAAGUCAUCAAGAAGACAAAACUUUUUUACAGAACUUGUAGUUUUCUAGAUACCAGUCAAGAUUAUUCUCCUUCUUCUCCAUUAAGGUUGGAUACAAAGGAUUCUAAGUCAUCUAGUAUUGAUUGGUCACAGAGUGGGGUAAAUGGUUUGAAAUCUUCUUCAGAUGGCUUAUCAGAUGAACAAUCAAAUUCCACUCUUUCAUUUGAUUGGAGCCAACCAAGUGUUGUAUUCCAAGAUGAAUCUUUAGACCUAAAGUGGGAUAGUGAUAAUGAUGAGGAAAAUGAGGACACACCUCUUUCAAUGAAAGAACUAAAAACUUCACAGAUAAAAAUGGAUAAAAAGAUAAAUGAAACAAAUUCUAGCUAUACAGACUCUUUCAGCAUAGAUGAAAAUGAUACCUUAAGUCCAUCAGAAGAUAUCAUUGCUGUGCAGUUGAAAUUUAGAGCAUGUUUAAAGAUUCUUACAGUAGAAUUGCGAACAUUAUCUACUGGCUAUGAAAUAGAUGGUGGGAAAUUGAGGUACCAGCUAUAUCAUUGGCUUGAAAAAGAGGUAGUAGCUCUUCAGAAGGCUUGUGACUAUUGUUCAGAUGUGGAGGAUGCACACUGUGUAUUUAGUGAAAGUGUGGAUGAAGCUAUAUUAAAUGAAAAUACAAAAGAUUUAUCUGAUCAACCAAAAAUAAAUCAAUUGAGACAGAAUUUCCAGAAAAGACGACAGUGGCUUUUGAAGUAUCAGUCCCUUCUAAGGAUGUUCCUUAGCUAUUGUAUACUACAUGGGUCUCAUGGCGGUGGCCUUGCUUCUGUGAGAAUGGAAUUGAUUCUACUUUUACAAGAAUCUCAGCAGGAAACAUUGGAACCAAUUAGCCCUCUGCCAGAACAAACCUCAAUACCUCUCCUUUUUGCCUGUACAGCUAGUGCCAAAACAGUAGUUGCCAAUCCUUUAUUGCACCUUAGUAAUUUGACUCAUGAUGUACUACAUGCCAUAAUAAACCUUGAUUCACCACCCCAUCCUGACACCCAAAACAAUAAAGUAUAUAUAAUGCAUACAUUGGCAGCAUCCCUCUCUGCUUGUAUUUAUCAGUGUCUUUGUGGUGGCCAUAACUAUAGUUCAUUGCAAACAAAUCAGUUCACUGGAAUGGUAUACCAGACAUUGCUGUUUCCUCAUCGACACUCCUUGAAAACAACAAGCUUAGAUGAAACUAUAACUCCUAAUACUUCUCCAGCUCAGUGGCCAGGAAUUACUGCUCUUAUUCGCCUUUUGAAUUCUGCUGGGGAGGAAGCUCAAUCUGGACUUACAGUUUUACUUUGUGAAAUUCUCACAGCAGUUUAUCUUAGUCUUUUCAUCCAUGGUCUGGCAACACAUUCUAGUAAUGUGCUAUUUCGAAUUGUGGCCCACCCUCUAAAUGAAAAAAUGUGGUCUGCUGUCUUUGGUGGAGGUGCUCACAUUCCUAACAAAGAACAAACAGCAUCAAAAGCUGUAACUGGAAGAUACUUUUCUAUGCCUAGUCCACACCAAGUAGUAGUGUUCUCCAUGGAGUGUGUGGGGUUUUCCAAAGCUCUUACAGCCAUCAGUUCUCAUAACACUACCAGUCUUUCAGUUUCUUCUUCAGUUGAAGAUGGUGAAAAACAGCACAGACGAUCUAGGACAUCAAAAAUAGCUUCCAAAGAGUGCCCUCUACAGAAUUCUUCCUCACCUGCUGGAGACCAGGAAUCUUUGAUUUAUAAGGAAAAAUUUAUUCCUCCUGAGCUUAGUAUCUGGGAUUAUUUCAUAGCAAAGCCUUUUUUACCACCUUCUCAAAGUAGAGCAGAAUAUGAUUCAGAAGAGAGUCAGGAAAGUGGUGAUGAUGAGGAUGAGGAUGGUGAUGAUGAAGAUGUUUUAACUUCAGAUUAUCAACUCCAAGAGCAUGCUAAUUCAAAUUCAUACAGUUGGUCAUUGAUGCGAUUGGCUAUGGUACAGUUGGUGCUUCAUAAUUUGAAGACUUUCUAUCCAUUGGCUGGUCAUGAUCUUUCAGAGCUUCCAGUUAGCUCACCACUAUGUCAUGCAGUUCUAAAAGCUCUUCAGUGCUGGGAACAAGUCCUCCUCCGAAGACUUGAAAUACAUGGUGGGCCACCUCAAAAUUAUAUGGCAAGUCAUACCUCUGAGGAAAGUUUGUCAGCAGGUCCUGCAAUUCUUCGCCAUAAAGCUUUGCUUGAACCUACGAACACCCCCUUUAAAUCUAAACAUCAUCUGGCACUAUCAGUGAAGAGACUUUGGCAGUACUUGGUGAAACAGGAAGAAAUUCAGGAAACUUUUAUCAGAAAUAUAUUUACAAAGAAGAGGUGCCUAAAUGAGAUAGAAGCUGAAUUGGGUUACCCAGGAGGUAAAGCAAGAAUUAUCCAUAAAGAAUCUGACAUUAUUACUGCUUUUGCUGUUAAUAGAGCCAAUAGAAAUUGCAUAGCAAUUGCUUCCAGCCACGACAUUCAAGAACUAGAUGUAUCUGGAAUUCUAGCUACACAAAUAUACACCUGGGUAGAUGAUGAAAUAGAACUUGAGACAAAAGGGUCUGAUGAUUUCUUAGUAAUACAUGCUCGUGAUGAUCUAGCAUCUGUGCAAGGCACUACACCAUAUACUCAUAGCAAUCCUGGAACUCCAAUCAACAUGCCUUGGCUUGGUAGUACACAGACUGGCAGAGGAGCAUCUGUGGAAUAUGCCAAUAAAUUUAAUGGAAUCAGAAAGGAAUUGGCAAGAAAGGAGAUGAUUAAGAAAACUAUUAAUAAUGUCAGAAGAAUGGCUUCACAUCCAACACUACCUUAUUAUCUAACAGGAGCUCAAGAUGGAAGUGUCAGAAUGUUUGAGUGGGGUCAUUCCCAACAAAUAACCUGUUUUCGGUCUGGGGGCAAUUCAAGGGUGACAAGAAUGAGAUUUAACCAUCAGGGAAACAAGUUUGGAAUUGUUGAUGCUGAUGGAUAUAUAAGCUUGUAUCAGACCAACUGGAAGUGUUGUCCAGUUACUGGAAAUACUCCUAAGCCAUAUUUGACAUGGCAGUGUCAUAACAAAACAGCCAAUGAUUUUGUUUUCAUCAGCUCCUCAUCUCUAAUAGCCACAGCAGGUCUCUCAACUGAUAACAGAAACAUUUGUUUGUGGGAUACUCUUGUGGCACCUGCAAAUAGCUUGGUACAUGCUUUUACCUGCCAUGAUAGUGGUGCUACAGUGCUUGCAUAUGCUCCAAAGCAUCAGGUGUUAAUAUCAGGUGGCAGAAAAGGUUUUACAUGUGUAUUUGAUCUUCGCCAACGACAGCAGAGACAAUUUUUCCAAAGCCAUGAUUCUCCAGUAAAAGCUAUUGCUGUAGAUCCAACUGAAGAAUACUUUGUCACAGGUUCUGCAGAAGGCAAUAUAAAGUUGACUGUAUUCUGGCCUCUACUUUUAGAGAAGGAUUUUGAUGAACUGGAGAGCAAGAAAAUAAGGCAGCCAGGUUGGUGA